GAGGGCAAGGACCGGCCCCCCGCGCUCUUUGCCAAAAUCAAGAAUGUUGAGAUGCUUCCCUUGCGUGCCGCCUACCUCACAGGUCCCUAUAUUUUGUAUUGCGAUAUUAGAGCACAAGAAUAUUCUCACCAACGCCAGUGUUUCAUCACGGCAGACCAGCCUGUUUACGACCCCAACUUGUCUGCCGGACAGAGUCUAACCGCCGAAUUGUCGCUGCAUACCAUCAAGGACGAAUACGUUUGGAUUAUAGAUGUUAUUAGCCAGAUGAUCUUCAGCACGAGUUCUGAAGUCCAUUUCGAGCUCAUGAUUGGUCUUGACCGCGAUACGCUACACAGACACAACUUUGGAGACACGUUUGGCAAGUUUUCGCCGCAACUGGAGGUCGAACACAUCACCACAGAACAGUUAUGGAAUAAAAACACAUCCGAGCCCAAUGUGCACCUGGUGGUACUCACACAUGGUCUCCACUCAAACGUCUCCGCAGACAUGUUCUACUUGAAGGAACAGAUUGAGCAAGAGGCCGAGAAAACGGGAGAAAAGGUUAUCAUCAGAGGCUACACGCGCAACGUGUGCAAAACCGAACGGGGUGUCAAGUAUUUGGGAAGACGACUAGCCGAGUAUUUGGUCCACGAGGUUGCGCCAUCGGCAGACAUUGCCAGGAUCUCAUUUAUUGGGCACUCGUUGGGCGGCCUUGUUCAGACAUUUGCCAUAGCUUACAUCGACCACAAUUAUCCGGAGUUUUUCCAAAAGAUACAGCCGGAGAAUUUCAUUGCGCUCGCGUCCCCGUUUCUUGGCAUCUCUAACGAAAAUCCGGCAUAUGUGAAAAUGGCACUAAGUUUUGGCAUCGUGGGGAAAACAGGCCAGGACCUGGGACUGCAAGGUUUAAACCCUCUUUUGAUGUUACUUCCUUCCGAAUCCACACGGAGUAUUCUUCGUCGCUUCAAGCGUCGUACGCUCUACGCAAACGCAAUCCAUGAUGGAAUUGUACCGCUGCGAACCUCUGCUCUGCUUUAUCUGGAUUGGAAAGGUUUAUCCAAAGUGUACGAAACGCAAUCUGGAUCUGGGUCCAGCAAAGAUUAUAACACAGGAAACUCAGAAGUUGGAGAAAUUCCAGACAAUGUUGAGCAGCAGGAUCGCGACGUGAUGAGCUCCGUAAAAGCUAAGCUGCUGUCACCAAUUCAGACGCUGAUUUCGCUUUGCGCACCCAGUUCGCAACAUCAGCAAAAAGCUAAACGGUACCAGCGGUAUCAGACUAGCGACUCUUCAGUGCCGAACGAUUCGGUCCACGAUGAUCUGGAGCAGUUUUAUCCACUCCCUAAGUCCUCAGUGAUUGAGAGCAUUAAGAAAGUGCUGCUUCCCCCUUUGCCUCCACUUAAAUACCUCACUGACCCCAAUUCGCGUCCAAACGUUAUAAUACAUGACAAAGUGUAUACUCCAGACGUCAUUCCGUGCACUCCUCUACGGAGUACAAGCGUGUUGCAGACUCUAGAUCCUUUGAAGCGCCAGCGAGUGAUAGAAGAGAAGAUUGCAAGAAGAUGGCACAACGGCAUGACCUGGCGUAAGGUGCUGGUGAAUCUGGAACCAGACGCUCAUAACAAUAUUGUCGUCCGCAGACGUUUUGCGAAUGCAUAUGGUUGGCAAGUGAUUGACCAUCUGGUGGAAAACCAUUUUUCCUCGGCUUGCGUUGCUGGGGAGGAUCUUUACAAAUAUAAAUGGGACCCCAGCCCUCAAGUGGACGACGAUCAAGAGGGUGAGGACGAAAAGCUAGACAACAUACUGACUAAGCAGCACGAUCGUGCUGCUAAAGAAUACUCGAAGCCUACUUUGAACAUGAAAAAUGUUUCCGGAAUCAUAUCGAGGGAGCGAUCCAAGAUUCUGCAGGACGACAGUGCUACCGAUCUGCUGGAGUCACGGGACUGGAUCAACGACGCAGACUCUAUCAUAUAUGAUGGGCCUACAGGAAUGAUCAAUGCAGUGAGCGAGAGUGUAAAUGGCAAGAUGGAGUCUUUCAAAACUUAUUUCCACGGUGAAAACACAGUGGGGACAGACCAGAUUGUCAAUGUAUCUGGUCCUUAUUUAUGACGCAUUGAUGGAUAGGUUAUAUAAUGAAUGGGCUGUUUUAUAUUACAGAAGCAUCUAAGAC